AACGACGUCGUGGAAAUCACCGUCACUCGCUAACUCGUUCAGUCUCGAAUUUCAGCAAGGCCAACAGAGAGCACCCACCCCAGAGACUAGCGAAAAUGGCGUACUCCGCCUCCCGGCGCACAUUAGCCUCCGCCCUCACGCGAACCCUAACCUCAACUUCCACUCGUUCAAACCCCUCGUUCUCUUCCCGCUCUCGCUUCGCCUUCGCUCUUCUCAACAACCAACAACCCCAGCUCGUUCCCGACCCGGUUCACCUCCCGACCCGCUCCAAGCAUUCCGGGUCGGGUUACUCGCCCCUCAACGACGCCACUCCCAACUGGAACAACCGCCCGCCCAAGGAGACCAUCCUCCUCGACGGCUGCGACUACGAGCACUGGCUCAUCAUCCUCGAGUUCAACGACCCAAAGCCCUCGGAGGAGGAGAUGAUCAACAGCUACGUCAAAACCCUAGCUUCGGUCGUCGGAAGUGAGGAGGAGGCCAAGAAGAAGAUAUACUCGGUUUCGACGUCGACGUAUACUGGAUUUGGGGCUUUGAUUUCUGAAGAGCUUUCUCUCAAGGUUAAAGAGCUGCCGGGUGUUCUCUGGGUUUUGCCGGAUUCGUACCUUGAUGUGCCCAACAAAGAUUAUGGAGGGGAUCUAUAUAUCGAUGGGAAAGUCAUCCCUAGGCCCCAGUAUAGGUACACUGAGAGGCAAAACAACAGUCGAAACAGGCCUCGCCCACGACAUGAUAGGCGCCGGGAAACAAUGCAAGUUGAAAGAAGACAGCCGGUGCAAAGACAGAACAUGGUUCAGGAUCAGAGAGGGCCUGUGCAGCAACCAUCUCAAGAAGAGUUCAACAAAAGGGAUGUUUAAGAAUUCAAAAUCUAGUCUCAGAAUUCCCUGUCUUAUUUCUACUGAUGAAUGUUGGUGUAUUUACACCUGAACCAUAUUUCAUGACAGACUUAUGCAUAUCACUAUCAUCACUAUGAAAAUAAGACUUGUGAAUAUUUGUGUCA